AUGCCCAAAGGUAGUCAAUUCAUCGUCCACGCCUCGGGCGAGACAACGCACUACAUCGCCGACGACUUUACCGACCCCUGGAAUCCAGAUCGGCAAACAAUUCUGCUUCAAGGCGGCUUUGCUCGCCAUGCAGCCUUCUUCUACCACUGGGUUCCUGCUCUCUCGCGGCAUUACAACGUGAUCCGUCGGGACUUGCGUGGACAUGGAUACUCCAGUGCUCCGUCCAUCUUGAAGAAACCGGACGCGUACACCCUCGACGCCAUUCUCGGUGAUAUCAUCGACAUGCUCGAUCAGCUUGGGAUUGAAAAAGUGCAUUUCUUCGGCGAGAGUACGAGCGGUAUGUUAGGGGAGAUUCUCGCGGCAAAGUAUCCGGAACGGUUUCAUAGUCUCACCAUCUGCUCUUCUCCUGCCUACCUCCGAGAGGGAACCCAGGUAUUUCUCGCAUUUGGGGAAGAAAGCUUCCCCAUGGCCUGUCGGAAUCUGGGUUCUCAAGGAUGGGCGAGUAGGUUGAAAUCCUACCCAGGGACCAUGGCACAUCCGGAUCCGGGGUAUCAUCGUUGGUGGCUGGAACAGAUAUCCGUCAAUUCUGGUGAAGGACUGGCCAGCUACGCGGAGUUCCUCAGCACGCUUGAUGCGCGACCGUUCCUCUCUCAGAUCCAAAUUCCCGUCCUCAUCCUGGCGCCUGCAAACAGUGCUGCGACGACGUUGGAGGAGCAGGGAGCAAUCCAGCGGCAGAUCCGAGGUAGCAAACUCGUUGUCGUUGAAGGAAGAGGACACGAGAUAUACGUGGACAAAGCUGCCGAGUGUGUUGGAGAGAUGCUUGAAUUCAUUCGAGGGCUUCAGGGAUAG